AUGACUAUCGUGGUUCAAAUUUCUAAAACAUGGGAAAUCAUCACUUUCUAUGGCAAUGCGAAUUGUGCAAGCUUCUUACAAGUACCAGUCUUCAUCUUAGGAGUGGCUCUUUUGGUUAUCUCGGUCCUCGGAUUGAUGGCUUUGUUUUGUCGAGCAUCGCCUCUUCACCGAGUGUAUCUGUGGGCAAUGUUUUUGCUUGUAGUUGUUCUCUUAGGUUUUACAAUAUUCUCCUCACUCGUAACAGAUAAGGGUCCCAAGGAGACAGAUUCAGGUACAGAUCAGAGUAGGCUUCGGGAUUUUUCAGAAUGGUUGCAAGGUCAUAUGGUAAAUGAAAAAAAAUGGGUCAGAAUCAAGAAGUGUUUAAUCAAGGCCAGAGUUUGUCAGGAGUAUGCCAAGAAAUUGUCUGCCUUACCUCCCGAUGUCUUGUUGGGGAUGUUGCUUCCUGUUGAGUCAGGCUGCUGCAUGCCACCAAGUAAUUGUGGGUACAAGUUCAAGAAUGCGACGUUCUGGGAUGCUCCGAAAUCAGGCUUGGGUUCUAAAGGUGAUCGAUGCCUUUCAUGGAAGAACGGCCAUGACACUCUAUGUUACGAUUGUGGAACUUGCAAGGCUGGAUAUCUUCAUCAAGUGAGGAAUGAUUGGAAAGCUUUGAACAUUUUCAACACAUGCUUCGUCAUCUACCUCAUCCUCAUCCUUGCCUUUGGAUUUCUUUGCUGGCCAAGCGAUCAGAGCAGACGAUUAUGA